UAAAUUCCACGUGUUAUUCAGUUGCUGCCUCCUCUUUCCCAUUUUGUUUCACGUUGUGGGCUAUUGUUAUGAUAAUGUGAUCAUCGAUUCCUCGUCGUGUUUUCUGCAAUAUAUUUGAGUAAUUAUUCCAAGGUCCCGGACAACGCGCAAACAAGAACACAGGAGGAGGAGGAAAACAAACUACAAGAGAAACAGAAAUCAUACAACAAUUAAAGCUCUGUUUUCUGUUUCUGGGUUCCUCUGUAUUUGCAUGGAACAUGAAGCCACCAUCCAGUCCUAUAUCUUUGGGUGCAAAGCCAAGAAGUGGGAGAUCAUGCAUUUGUAGGUUUUUCCCUCCAGCUUCUUUGAUGGUUGUAGUUGUAGUCCUGCUAGGGAGUGCAUUCAUGUUAUCAAAAUUCAAUGAGCAAUCAUCAUUUUCGACAGUCAAAAACAGUUUGCGGAGAAUAAAUUUCAAAUGCAAGAAUCACAGAAGGCCAUAUGGAAGUGAACCAUUGCCUAGAGGUAUCGUCUCCCAGACUUCUAAUCUAGAAAUGCAGCCAUUGUGGAGAACGCCUAACACGCCACCUUCAAAGUUAUACCAGAAAAGUGCAAAUUCUUCGAUCAGCUUAUUAGCGAUGGCCGUCGGGAUUAAGCAGAAAGAUCUAGUGGGUAAAAUGGUCAAAAAGUUUCUGUCAAGUGGUUUUGUUGUGAUGCUUUUUCAUUAUGAUGGUAACGUUGAUGAGUGGAAGCAAUUUCAAUGGAAUGAUCUUGUCAUUCAUGUGUCUGCAGUCAAUCAAACAAAAUGGUGGUUCGCUAAGCGUUUCUUACAUCCUGAUAUAGUUGCUCAAUAUAGUUACAUUUUUCUAUGGGAUGAGGACCUUGGAGUUGACAAUUUCAAUCCUCAACGGUAUGUGUCCAUUGUUCGAAAGGAAGGUCUUGAAAUAUCACAACCGGCACUUGAUUUUUCCAAGUCAGAGGUGCAUCAUCAAAUUACUGCACGCGUGAAAGGAUCAACAGUGCAUAGAAGGACUUACAAGCCUAAUGCCAAUGGGACUGGUUGCGAUGAACACAGUAAAGCUCCUCCUUGCACCGGGUGGAUAGAAUUGAUGGCUCCAGUUUUCUCUCGAGCUGCCUGGCGUUGCGUAUGGUAUAUGAUCCAGAAUAACUUGAUCCAUGCUUGGGGACUAGAUAUGCAGCUUGGCUAUUGUGCACAGGGUAAUCGAAUGAAGAAAAUUGGUGUCGUAGAUGCUGAGUACAUAAUCCAUUAUGGCCGCCCUACUUUGGGAGGUCCGGACGAAAAUGAGAAAUUACCUCAGUCUAUUGCAAAGGACCAUAGAGUUGAUGUGAGGAGGGAAUCCUACAACGAAAUGAAGAUCUUCAGAAGAAAAUGGGAGCGAGCUGCGAAGAACGAUGAGUGUUGGAUUGAUCCAUACCCCGUUAACAGUAGCCGGCACUAAGCAGUGAAGUUCAGAAGUUGGUGUAAAACUAGUAUCAUACAUUUUCAAAGUCCAAACAUGCAAGUCUCUGAAUGUUCUUGUUUUUGUACAUUGUACAUGGUGGAAAUGUAAAUCAUAUAGCUUAAAGAUGAAAAGGAAUAAGUAAGAAAUCAACUCCAUUUGAAUACCAUUACUCCAAGCGUAUCUUGUAAAAUCUCAUUCAAAUCUCUCUGCCUAGCAGAGACAGAACCAUAGAAGCUACUGCUGUCAAAUUCCAUUCAUUAAUGUAAUUUUUCUUGUACUUUA